GAAGUUGCUGGCUUGACGCGGGCAGGGCCUCUGGGAAGCCUCCCCAGCGCGGGUUCUUGGUAGCGGGAGUUUGGAGAGGCUUAUUCAUUCAGCAAAUUAAGACCUGCCAACUUUUUGAUAAUCUGGUCAAUAAAUUACAAAACAGUUGUUCCUUUCAAGAUUUAUUCAAAACAUGCCAACUCUGCUUAAUUAAGCACUUUGAUGGUUUAAGAACUCUUGGAAAUCCUUUUGUACUAUUGCUCAUUCAUAGUUAUUCAUCAAAGCCAAGAGUCCUCAAGGACAGAAUUUACCUCUAAACAGAAAGAUGGAAACUAAAGUUCAUUUAUUCUGCCAGGCAGAGGAAAAUAUUGACUUAUUAGAUGAUGGCUCUAAUUCAUUUGCAACUGACUUGCCAUCAGGAACUAUUGACCACAAGAAAUAUAUCAGGUUUUCUAAAACAAUAGAGAAGAAAAUUUCACCGGAAAUUAGGAGUUUGAGCCCAGAAUAUAAAAAAAUUUUUGAAACAUCAAUAUUCCUUUGUGGAGAAGAAAAGUCCUCUGAUUUGGCAGAAGAAAAAAAAGUCAGGAAAAAGAGUUUACAAGUACAACAGCACAGCAAAAGAACCGAGAUUGGCCUUCCUUUUCUGAAGCUGUCAAAGGAGAAGGUGACUAGGAAAGAAAACUCUUUACGCAGGUUGCCGAAUCAGUACGACAUUCACAAGACUUCAUCACCUCUUUGUACAUCUUCCUCAAUUACUCGGGACAAGGAAAUGCUCUCUAACCUCUACCUGACGUUAUAUGAUGAAGUAACCCAUGGAUAUUUAUACUCCCAAGAAUUAAGUGCACUUCAUAAAGCCUGUAAAAUUUUUAGUAAAUUUCGAAGUGGUAAGAUUUAUGUGAAUGAUCUUCCAGUGAUCCUUUACAUCUUGAGAAUUUCUAUAAGUGAUUUAGAAAUGCGACAGGCACUAAAGACUAUUGAUAUUGAUGCAUUCCAGGAUGCCUUGAAGAUUUUCUGUAGGAUAAAAGGUGGUCGAGUUUUAAUUGAUGAAGUGUUUGCUGUUUUGGAUAGCAUGGAUAUUCCUAUAAACCCUGAAAUUUUUGAAGAAGUGAUAAAACAUACCUAUAUUGACAGUAACCACAUGGUGGAUAUUGGGGAUAUUAUAUUUAUUUUGAAUGAACUACAGGAACAGUAUGAGGAAGUUCCAAUUAUAGAGGGAUCAACUUUGGAUGAAAUUACUUCAGACAGAAAGUUAUCAAGUUUAGCAGGAUGCUAUCUACAAUGUAAGAAGAAAAACAGUUUGUCUUCCAAACUCCAGGAACCUUCAGUAUCCAAAAAGUUAAAUAAAAAAAGCCACCAAUAUUCUAGCAAAAUUAUGGAAGAGACUGGUGGCCUUGAAUCUAAAAGAUCAAAAAAUGGUUGGGGAAUAAGAAAAUUUCUGGGUGGGGUAGGCCGCAGUAAUGUAGGAGCCCAAGAACCAUAUUCAAAGAAUGGCAUAAACUUUAAAAAACAAUCAGAGAAGGGUGAAAUUCAUGAAUCAAAGUCUAAACCACAAAGCUUGAAGAGUAGUGCAAGCCUCAGUAAGUCUCUGGAUAAAAGUAGUAUUUCUAGUAUCCCAAAACUUCAGAAGUCAGCUGUGAGAGAUUGUUCCAGCCUCCUAAAACAAGUUUCGUCUAUGGAAAAAACUGCAGUUAAUGCUCUGGAAAACUUUCCUGAGGCUGUCAGUGAACCUCAAGAAAAUUACUUUGCAGCGGAAGGACUUCAGUCUAUUUUGCCUUCAGUAGGAAUUACUUUAUUAGAUAAAGAAUUACAGAAGAUUGUUACAGACACUACUAGAAAUGAAAAUGGAAUGGUGAAGCUAGAUGACUUUAUAAGUGUUCUCGCCAAGGAGCAAAGUGUUCCUGGAUGCAAUGUGUUGCCUGGUGUCAUUAAAGCCAUUGAUAAAAUUAAAGAUAAAAAUGUGGAUUAUGAGGAUCUAAAUACUUGUCUUCAAAAUUUUGGUAUUUACCUUUCUAAGCCAGAAUUUAAGAAGAUCACAGAAUUGACUGAAGCUGGUGAAACAGAAAAAGUAAAUUUUAAAGAAUUCAUUGAUACUAUGAUGAGCAACACAGAACGCUUCUCUGAAAAAUUAUUAUUGCCUGAUGCUAUUGAAGCCCUCGACAAUUUCAGAAAGGAGACGAUGAGUGUUUCUGACCUGUGGAAUACUCUGUCUAGUUUGAAUACUCAUUUAAAAAAGGAUGAAUUCCUAGAUGCUUUGAAAGUAGUGACAGUUGAUGAAGGCGAUAAAGUACAAUUUGAAGAAUUUGCAAAAGUAGUAAAGGAUAUGCGUGAUGCCUCCAGGUUAAAGGAGUUACAAGAAGUUGUCUUAGCUGCUGAUUUGCUUGAAGAUGACAUGAUAGCUGGGAAGAACUUGGAAGACUUUCUAAGAAAUAUUGGUGUUAAGUCACCUAAAGAAGAGGCAGAGAAAAUUCUUCAAUCAGAUUUUGUUUCUGAAGAUAACAUGGUAAACAUUACAGAUUGUAUGAAGGCUUUGAGGGACACCCAGAAAUUUUCCAAUUAUAUUGAUUUUAGGAAAGAGGCUUCAAAUCUAAAAUUACCAACGGUAAAUGAGAUUAAAGAAGCUGCUUACAUCUUGUCACAUGUUGAUAAUGCCAAGAUUGGUAUACCUGACUUGGAGCAUGCCUUAAAAUGUUUGAAUGUUAAUUUACCUGAGGAGGACUUCAAUGAAGCCCUUAACAGUUGUAACAUCAGUGAUAAUAUGGAGGUGGAUUUAAAAGAUUUCUUAAUGAAAAUGAAAGAAAGUCCACAUUUCCAAAAGUCCAAGGCUACACAGAUACUCUUAGCUACUGCCCAAAUUCUCCAGAAUGAUCUAAUUGAUGUCUCUGACCUCAAGACGUUAUUAAUGGACAACGACCUUCAUGCAGCUAAAGCUAUACUUACUGUAAUGUUAAGACAUGUACCUGAACAUGAAAGUGGAAAGGUUACCAUUCAAGAAUUUAUGACUAAAUUCUCUGAUAUAUUGACAAUUCCUAAAGCUGCAGGUAAGUUUUAUUUAAUAUGUACUUGCUGCCCAGAUCUAGAAAGACAAGCAGUGGUUUAUAUGUUAAAAACAAUAUAGGUUUCAAUAGUUAAAGUACAGGUAAGUAAGAAGCAAUAUAAUAUGAAUAUAAAACAAUAAAAGAUUAGAUUACAUAACUUCUGUUUGAAUUCUAAGGCAAAUAUUGCUAAGCGUAACCCAGACUCAAAAUUUUUAGUAGUCUUACUUGGUAGUACUAGAAAAUUACUAGAUUAUAUAUUAUUCUUUGAGGUUAUUCAGUAUGCAUAUUUGACUUUUGAAUUUAUUAGAAAAUAAUUUUUAAAACUUUUGACAAAUCCAGUGGAAUUGACUUUAUCACUAUCUGUUAUGUUCUCAUGUAUGUUCAACAACUCUCUUGAUGACAUUUUUUAAACAUUUAUGCUUUUUGAGGUAUAACUUACAUAUAGCAAAAUUUACUAUUUUUAGGAAUACAGUUCUUUGGAUUCUUAAAAAUAAUGUCAUAUAACCCUUACUAUACACACCAUAUAGACUAUAUCACCCCACAGAAGUCUCUUGUGCCCUUUUGGUAAUCCAUUUCUUCCUCUACACUCAACCCUGGCAACUACUGAUUCAUUCUUUGUCCCUAUAGUUUUGCCUUUUGUGAAAUAUCUUGUAAAUGUAAUGAUUAAAUAUGAAGUGGUUUGAGUCUGGC